CAGCCAUGAUGCUCUUUGGAGACCAAACCCAACUUUCGGGCUCCUCCUUCUGACUGAUCCUCAACUUCUCCUAGUCUGAGUGCAUCCUGAAGUAAUGGAGAAACUCCUGACAAAUUAAAAAAUACAAUGGUCCAAAGAUGACCAAUACAUAACAGAAGAAAACUGAAAAAGCUCCAACAGAAGCAGAAAUGUCUCCCAAAGUGCCUGUUGGCCAGGGCAGAGGGGAUUAUUCUGCAGUAGAGGUAGCUGUUCGAGUGCGCCCCCUGCUGCCUAAGGAGCUUCUACACUGCCAUGAGAGCUGUAUCACUGUGGACCCCGAGCUGUGUCGCGUUACCCUGGGCCAUGACAGGCACUUUCUCUGUGACUUCCUCUUUGAAGAAUCCUGCUGUCAGGAGGAUGUUUAUUCGGUGUCUGUCCAGCCACUCAUUGAUGCCUUUUUCCAAGGAUUCAAUGCCACAGUAUUUGCCUAUGGGCAGACAGGCUCAGGCAAGACAUACACCAUUGGAGAAGCUAAUAUUUGUUCCUUUAGAGAUGAGGUGCAGGGUAUCAUCCCCAGGGCUGUUGCUGAUAUCUUCAAGCUGCUAGAUGAAAAUGACCUCACAGACUUUUCUGUCCGAGUCUCCUACCUGGAGGUCUACAAAGAGGAGUUCAAGGACUUACUGGAGGUGGAGACAGCCAGCAAGGACAUCCACAUCCGGGAGGACAAAGGCAACAUUGUUUUGUCUGGUGUCAAAGAGUGUGAAGUGGAAGGCCUCGAUGAGGUGUUGAGUUUACUAGAGUCGGGAAACACAGCCAGGCACACUGGUGCCACCCAGAUGAAUCCAAACUCCAGCCGAUCACACACUAUUUUUACCAUGUAUAUGGACCAGCGCCGGGGGAUUCCACGGAUUUACGGGACUGCAACGGCUUCUGGACCACAAAUGUUGUCUUCCAAGUUCCACUUUGUUGACUUGGCAGGGUCAGAGCGAAUCUUAAAGACAGGAAACACUGGAGAGAGACUGAAGGAGAGCAUCCAGAUUAACAGCGGCCUUCUGGCCCUCGGAAAUGUUAUUGGGGCACUUGGGGAUCCUAAGAGGAAAGGCUCUCAUAUACCAUACAGGGAUUCAAAAAUUACAAGGAUCCUAAAAGACUCAUUGGGAGGAAAUUCAAAAACACUGAUGAUUGCCUGCGUCAGCCCAUCAUCCUCAGACUUUGAUGAGAGUCUAAACACACUGAACUAUGCCACAAGGGCCAGAAACAUCCAGAACCGGGCUACAGUCAACUACAGGCGCGAGCCGGAUCGAGUGGAAGGCUUGGAGCAACAAAUCAAGGCCCUUCGCAGAGCGCUUGAAAACCGCCAACGUUCAGAAACCCGCAUCAUCUCCCAUGCGGAUCCAAACAGGAGACCUCGACUUGGAGAGGGAGAGAUCAGCAGACUGCAGGCCCAAAGUGCCCACUAUAGGACUUGCACAGACAUUGCUUACAGGUUGCUGCUGGAGCUGCAGAGAGAAGGUUCCCUGACAGCAGAACAGAAUUUAAGAGUGAAGGAGUGGCUGUGCUCAGUGGAAGAGGAACCAAGCAGACUGACCACUGCCUCGGGCCCAGACAGUGGCAUUGAGAACAGCUCCACUGAGGACACUGUUGCCCUGAGGAGGGGAAGGCCUACUGUAAGAAACCAGGAUCCGGAGGCUGCAGAGGAGAGGUGGAGCCAUGAGCACAAUGGCGAGCACGAGGAAAGAAUUCAGCGAUUGGAGAAAGAGAACACAGACUUUUUAGCUGCUCUGGAGGAUGCUAUGGAACAAUACAAACAGCAGAGCGAUAAGCUGCAGGAGCAACAGGACCUGAUAGCAGACCUGCAGAGUCAGCUUUCUUCUCAAGGGCUAAUGAGCCUGGGCCUUAACUUGAGAUCACGGCCGCACACUGCGCCCAUGCAAAAGACUCAGAAUGGGGACACAUACAGACAGCUCAGUCCACUGGGUCACCUUGGUUAUGGGCCUGGUGGUGAUCAGGAUGGUAAUCUCUAUGAUGAGCACGAGUUCCAACGAGGAGCAGAAAUGCCCGACACUGAUGAAGAGAGCAGUCAUUCAAAUCUGAGCCAUGAGAGACACAGGCUGGUGAAUUCGACGUGGACCAAAAGAGACAUGCUUCCAGGAGGAUUAACAGCUGGUGGUAAAGGGCCAACAGCAUUUCAGCAGCUUGGAUUUGAGCAGCACACAUGUUUAUCCAGAAAAGCAUCCAAUUCCAGUUCCACUGAGACCACAAUACGGGAAAGUUUGAAAAGUUUUGAAGGUGUUUCGGAGUGGGGUCUACUUCAGGCACAGCAGAAGAUCAGGGAGCUUUCGCUCACCAUUCGCAUGAAGGAAGAACUCAUCAAGGAGCUGGUCAAAACAGGUAAGGAUGCUCAGGCCCUGAACAGGCAGUACAGCCAGAAGAUCACAGCACUGGAAAGUGAAGCAGUACAGGCUCGACAGGAGCUGCAAGAGGCCCAAAGGCAGCUUCAGGAUCUGGAGAGGCAAGAGAGAGAAAUCAGCGCGUCCGACAAGACGAGAGCUCAGGAAUGUCGACAGAAGAUAGCUGCUGCUCAGAGCAAAGUUCAGGUUCUGAGCCAGCGUCAGAGAGACACCGCUCGUCUCGCUAACCUGCCUGCACAGAACGAGCGCCGCGUGUUGGAGCUGGAGCGCAGCGUCCAGUCUAUGAGGCAGCAGCAGGAGCAGCUGCAGAAGCGGCUUCGUCAGGAAAGUCAGCAGAAACGACGGCUGGAGACCGAGAUGCAGCGAAGAACUCACCAAGUCAAGGAGCUGGAGAUAAAGACUGAGCAGCAGCAGAAGAUCCUGAGGAUAAAAACAGAGGAGAUCGCUGCGUUUCAGAGGCAGAGACGCAGCGGCAGUAACGGCUCCGUCAUCUCACUGGAAGAGCAACAGAAAAUUGAAGAACAGAAACGCUGGCUGGAUGAGGAAAUGGAGCGUGUGCUGGAGCAGAGGCGAGGUCUAGAAGGCCUGGAGGGAGAGUUGACGAAGCGAGAGCAGAUCCUGGCAAAGAAAGAAGCGCUGCUGCAGGAACGCAGUGGACUGGAAACCAAGCGGCUCCGCUCCAGUCAGGCCCUAAGCAAGGACAUGCUGACACUAACCGGGCGGAUUGAGUCACUAGAGCAAGAGUUGAGUGAGAGGAACGGCCUCCUUCGCAGCGGCAGUGCUCAAGACUCCCAACAGAUCCGCCAAGAGAUCUCCAACCUGCGCCAAGAGAAAGAUUCACUGCUUAAGCAGCGAGUUGAGCUGGACGACAAGCUGCGGCAGGGAAACCUGCUCUCACCUGAGGAGGAGCGAACCCUGUUCCAGCUGGACGAGGCGAUCGAGGCUCUGGAUGCAGCGAUCGAGUACAAGAACGAGGCCAUCACGCAGCGACAGAGACAGCUGAGGGCUUCUGCCAGUAUGCUCUCCCAGUGGGAAAUGAACCUCAUGGCCAAACUCAGUUACCUGUCUGCGUCUGAGACCAGAGCCCUGCUGUGCAAGUACUUUGACAAGGUGGUGUCUCUGCGUGAGGAGGAGCGUAAGCUGCAGCUCGCCCUGGCAGAGCUGGAAAUGCAACUGGACGAGCAGCAGAGAUUGGUGCAGUGGUUGGAGAACGCCCUCGAUCGCACGCAGCUCGACACAGAUCGGCGACUCACGCAGCAGCAGAAGGAACACGAGAGGAGCGUCCAGCUCUUACUGCAGCAGUGUCGAGAGCAAAUAGACGAGGGUUUGGCAGGAAGGCAGCGACAGUAUGAGGGAUGGAUCCACAACCUCAGUAAAGAGCUUAACCACUACAAGGCUGCUAAUGUGGAGCUAAGCAACAGAGUGAGGGAACUCAGUGGUUCAGUGAGCCAGCCAAAGGAGCAUGCUAAAGGCAUCGGAAGCACGGAGAAGCUGACUCGCUGCCCAGAUGACAGCGUGGCGGGCAGAGUCGUGGGGCAGCCCGACAAGCCUUCUAGAUCCAGGGAGGAAAUGCGUGAGCGUGUUAACACACCGCUCCCGUCCACAUGGAGGCGCUCGUCUCUCCCCAUAGAGGAACCUGCCGUCAUGGAGGAGCUGUGGCUUCGAGCAGCUGGAGAUGUUCCCAUUAACCGUGUAGUGCAGGCAGGUAUGGGGUCCUGGAGUGGACAGACUUCCCUGCCUGUGGUUAAACCUCGCCGAGAAUCACGCCGUCCCAGUCUCAACAGUGGACCACUGACUUCAAACAAUGCAAUAAUCGACGUACGGAAGAACCCAGUCUGAAAAUCACUAUAUUGUUCAUUUAAAACUCUUCUCCUCUUCACGUUGUCCUGUGGUUUCAGCAAUUUUUUUUCCAUCUUUGUAUUUCAUUUUUAUACCUGUAUAUUAAGUUUUAUAAUAAAAUGGACACAAUUUGAUAUUUACAUGAAACACUGUCACUAAGAUAAAGAUGUAUGUUUCCAUUUCUUGCAGUUAUUAGCAGGUUCAUGGUCUUUGCAACCAUUAGAAAUAGUUUAUUUGUCCAUGGAGGGGUGGAAUUGGUUUAGUCACACUCCAACCAAGCACAGAAAAUAACAGAGAUUCACUACCUAUAUAUAUAUAUAUAUAUAUAUAUAUAUAGAAAAAAACAAAUUGUAUUAAGAGUAUAAAGAAAAAUAGAAAGAAUUAUAUACAAUAAAAAUACUUAAACCUGUGACAUAAAUUAAACAUAAAUGUAAAGUGAAUGAAGCGUGAUUAUAGUCAGAAGCACAGUGGACGUCUAUAUUGCACACCAUGUAAUUGUACAGUAAUAAUUACAGCUAUUGUCUAUUGACUUGGUGUAUCUGCCUCUGUGGUGCGUCUCAGUGGAAUCAGUAGAUCACAUCCAGCAGAUGUGAAUUAUUUUUUGAGAUUCUCUUCCUCUCCAAUAGUCUAGGUUGUAGUAUUAUGACCUUUACAGUAUUUUAUAUUAAAUUGUUUUACCUCAA